AUGCCUCAUAUCCUCGUUACCGGCGCUUCCGGAUUCCUAGGACAGGCAGUCAUCACAGCACUACAAACCGCACAUCCAACCUGGCCACUAACGAACCUGGACUUGCGCCCUCCACCAAUUUCUCAACCCAACGUCACAUACAUCCAAGCAGACAUAACCCGCGCCUCUGAAGUAGACUCAGCCAUCCCUGAAGCCAACCCAGAUGCCAUCAUAAACGUAGCAGGUUGGGUACCCAACGGCAGCCUACGCUACAGCAAUUCUCCGGCCCUGCGCGCCAAAGUAUUCGCCACAAACCACCUCGGGACACUAAACGUGCUUGGCUCGGCGCAAAAGACAACAUGCAAAGCUUUUGUACACACGUCUUCGUGUACAGUGCUCUCCGACGACUUGGACCACGACUUUCCAAACAUGACCGAGGAUAUGCCCAUCGGUCGUGCAACUCUAGCAUAUGGAGCGUCAAAGGCACCCGCCGAACUCGCCGUCCUCGCCGCCAACAACGCCUCUGCCUCGUUCAAAACCUGUGCGUUGAGACCUGCGACUAUCAUCGGGCCUGGAGACACUUAUGGCGUAAUCGCCACCAUGCACGCCUGCAUCGCCAAUGGCGAAACACCGUGGAUAAUUGGCAGCGGAGACAACAUGUACGAUUUCGUGUUUGUUUCGAAUGUGGCCGAUGCACAUGUUCUCGCACUUGAAAAUUUGCUUUCUGCAACUCCGGUGCCGGGGGAUGCUGCAGGACAGGCUAUUUUUGUGUCGAAUCAACAACCGAUUUACUUUAGAGACUUUAUGUUGGCUGUUUGGAAGCAGUUCGAUCACGUGCCGCCGUUUCAACUGAGGAUACCUACGUCGUUGGCUUGGUUUGCUGGGUUGAUGGCAGAGGUCAAUGCGUGGGUGAUGGGAGGCAGGGAAAGUGCAUUGAGUAGGGGUAGUGUAAGGGAUGCCGUGGGGACGAGAUAUGCGAGUAAUGAAAAAGCGAGAAGGAUAUUGGGAUACUAUCCACGAGUCGAUUUUGUAGAUGCCGUCAGGCUGGCUUGCGAGGACUACAGACGUAUCUUGAACGACAAGGAGAAAGGCAAAAAAUCUUGA